ACCCACUGUCGGACCUCGACUCCAGGUUUGACUCAUCUCGACUCACGCGGAGUCACACUUUUGUUUAACGUUUAAUUAAACCAUGUCUGCGCCUCGUCGCAACGGUCAACUGUCGUCAUGCGAGCCUUGCCGGAAAUCCAAGCUCCGAUGCGAUCAUUCGACUCCGACCUGCAAACGCUGCGAGCGCCGUGGUAAAUCGGACCUGUGUGUUUACCAUCCCGCCCCACUGACCAAGCCGCGCCAGUCUGGCCAGAUUCUCAAGGCAACACAGAAAAGCACCAAUCCCCAGCCGCUCCUGUGUGCGAAGACAAUUUCCGUCACCAACCUCGGGAGCUCCGCGUCCGUCAGCCUGCUGGGAGCCGCACAGUUUCCCAAUGUUUCGAAACGUCAUUUGUCAGGCAGCGGUUUUCUGGGCCCGACCAGUUACUCGGGCAGCGUGUUCACCAAUGAGGUUGAGCUGGAGCUGGGGAUUCGUGCUUCGCUCUCCCAGACAGACACACCACUUGACCCCCAGCGGGUGAACCAAGGAGCCCAAGUACUCUCGUUGCUCGAGCAUCUCGACUUGUACGAGAAACUGAUAGAGAAUCGCAACAAAACCAUUCCAGGAUGGGUCUUCGGCCCACCAUUGACACGAGGACUAAUUGCACAACUAAGGACCUCCUAUCGCAAUGCGACCGCAGGAUCAGAGAAUAAGUACGCACGGCUCCUGGACCUUUCCCGAGUCAUAUUCAAGAACUCGGCUAUUCCAAUUGAGACCAGGUCCUCCAUGUCCUUGAAUGAAUACCUCUCUCAAUAUGCGCUCCGGUGGGACAUGGUCGGCCUUGUAUUUGCGGUGGCAGGCUCAACGACCUUCCAAGUCCUCAAACAAGAACUCGACGAGAUAUUCAAGGGCUUCCCCGGAACCACCAAAGGAGGUCUAUGUCAGAUGAGUCUUCAAGCAUCUGAGGCCUGCCUGCAAUUCUGCAAUUAUCUGGGUAUUAUUAGCGACCCGCAGUCCUGGACAAUGGUCCAACACACGAUCCUCAUCUCUUCCUUACACGGAUCUUGUGAUCACCGGACAUGGCAGAUGCUCGGAGACCUUACUACCACAGUCUUUGCCUUAGGCCUUCACCAGCCUGCAGCAGCAGACGAUGUCCCGUUCUUCCUGGAAGAGAUCCGAAGGAGAGCUAUGGUCGCAGCUUAUGCUCUGGACAAGGACAUUGCCACUUGUUUUGGCCGACCCCCCCGAAUAUGCUGGCGCUAUUGCAAUAUCCAGUUUCCUCUGGAUAUCAGUUAUGAUGAGUUAGUGGCAGAGCCGGCGAUCAGAGAGGCAGCGCUUCGGCGCCUAGAUGCAGCAGGCUGGAAUAUCGAUGGACGAAUAGACAAAGGGGCAAGGGGUAGAGGCGCAUUGAUCGUCAGUCUUUUCCGCGAGAGUGUCUUGGAGGUAUCUUUGAGCCACGAGCUUGAUGGGUUGGAAGAAAGAGUCCUAGAAGUCUGCCGUAGGUCAGACGAUUAUUAUGCAGCUUUACCCAAACAUCUGCAAUGGACAGACGACAAAGAAGAUUCGAACCUCGCAUCAUUGCAUCUAGAGUUCCUCUAUCAGCGAUUUCUACUAUGCCAAACCUUGUUCAAGCGUAUUGGCAAAGGGCUUGACUUGCUGAUCCGCACGUCGUCGGAAAUAAUCACGCUACUGCUGAAGAUGAUAUCCAUACAGUCUCGUUUAGGACUCGUACCUGCGCACGUGAAAUGGGAUUUGUGCUAUAUCGGCCUACCUGCCGCUGGGGUCUUGUCGAUCGAACUACUUCGACGCUCCCAGACAGACUCCCUCGCGUCCUUAACAGCGCCAUCAGCGCCUUUUCCCCGAUCGGAUAUCAUUCAAAAACUGUCCGUGUUCAUUGCCCAGUUCAACACCUUUGUCCCGCAAAAUGAGGGCGACUACGAGAUCAGCAACCGGGGCCAGAAGGUCAUCUCGCAGGCGCUGGACCGCGUGCUGUCGGGCGUGCCCUCCAGCAUCUCCCCUUCAGAAGCAGUAGUGUCUGAUGGAGCCACCAUAGGCGACGACAUGGAGUUCAUGGCCUUUUUAGAGAACUUCGAUUGGGAACAGGAGGUUCGGCUGGCUUUUGGGUAGAAAUAUGGGAACCCUCGCAGAGAAAGGAUUCGAGCGAGAGCAACAGUGAAGUGAUUUACAGUUUCAGUACAUGGCGUGAGGCUCUAACGGUAAUGACCAACUCUACAUAUGACAGUUAACGAAUGAACAUGUCUACCAAUCAAUUUUCGGUCGUUAUAGAUCUCGAUGGGAUCGGGAUCGAAAACAAAAUUCCUAAUCGG